AUGAAUUACGACAUCCAGACGGCAGGUGCAAAACGUUUGAUUCAGUUGAAAGAGUUAGACGAGAUUCGCAAUAAUGCCUAUGAGAACUCUAAGAUCUACAAAGAGAAAACUAAGGCGUUUCAUGUUCUACUUUAUAACUCACGGUUAAAACUGUUUCCUGGGAAGUUUAGAUGGCGAUGGUCUGGGCCUUUCAAAAUCAAAGACGUUUUACCAUAUGGUGUUGUGGUUCUAUGGAACCGUCAAGGAGGCGAUUUCACUGUCAAUGGACAACGUCUUAAGUCAUAUCUUGCAGACAUUCAAGAAGAAAAGGAAGAUCCGAUCUCCUUAGCAGAUGCGCCGAAUGCCUAA